AUGGAGGUUGCCUCCGCGGGGGUGACGAACGGGCUCGCCGCGCCAAACCAGGUGGCUUUGGCGGAUCCUGCGAUCAUUGUACGAUACUUGACGGAUGUUCUUCAGGUAACUCUGGGGGCUUCGAGAACGGAUCUAGAAAGCGCUGGGAGCUUGCUGUGCAAAGCCAAAUACUCGGAGACCGUGCAGAGAUGUACGCGUUUCGCGUCCGAGUCGCAGGUGGCUCUCUAUGUGCAGAAGGAUCUUGUAGCAGCGGAGGAGACGAACGGCACGGAUGAGGGAUCACCGGCGCCAGCACAAUACGUGUAUAGUCUGUCAUCCGAACUCUCGUUUUCAUCUACCACCGUCGCAUCUGUGGCCUUUAUCAAGCGCCCUGUUGCGAUCGACCCCAACGUCCCCAUACCUUCUCAGAUCCAAGUCCUUAAUCUUCCCGGUAUCGCCUCUCUCAGCAAUGCAGAGUCGCAACAAAGCGCGACUAUCUCCCCGUAUGAGGUUUUGCACUCUCUUCUCCACAAUGCCCUCGGUCCAUACUUUGAGGCGUAUACUCGGAAUCACGACCUGGCAAACGGCGCCAAAACGAGGACGGAUACAGAGGCGAAAACCGGUGUUCCAGGAACAAAGAAGCGGUUCGCAGAGCUGGAGCUCAGUCUCCUGCACCUGCAACAGAAUGUGGAGAUUCCGACUCUCAAUCUUCCACUGCACGAGAUCGUCCAGGCUGCUCUGGACGAAGCGGAAGCACGGGGUGUAAAGCCUUCGGUCGACCUGGUCCCACCAGCUGCGCUGGAGAGCAGCACGGUUCUAAACAGCAUCCAAAACACCGUGAAUGGGUGGAUCAAGUCUAUUCAGGCGAUCACGAAGAUGUCCCGCGACGCUGACAGUGGCUCAGCAGCACAGGAGAUCAACUUCUGGCUAUCUAUGGAAACUGCUCUGGAGGGUAUCGAGAACCAGUUGCGCGGAGAUGGCGUCCAGUUGACUAUGGAUAUUCUGCGACACGCGAAGCGAUAUCAAGCGACACUUAGUUUCGUUGCGGAUACCGGACUCCGGGAGGCUACUGACAUGGUUCAGAAGUACAACCAGCUCAUGCGAGACUUCCCGCUCGAUGAGCUUCUGUCUGCGACCUCUUUGCAGAAGGUACAAGAGUCUUUGGGCUUGAUCUUCAAUCACCUGAACAAAAAGCUGAAGAUAUGCCCGUACCCCAUCAAACGAGCUCUUGCUCUCGUCGAGGCUAUCUCUGGCGACCUGGACUCCCAGAUUCAUCAGUUACUUCAUGGCCGGACGAUAAUGCAUCUGGACUAUCGUGAAUUCCGUUCGUUGAUGAAGACUGCCGGUGCUAUCUGGCGUACUUGGGAUGAGAACUCGAAGGAAUUUACCAACGUCGCCCGUGAUGCGACCAGGCGUAGGAAUGAGAAGUUUAUCCCUAUCAAGAUCACCCCAAGGCACCUCAAAACCCAGGAGCGAUUGAAGUAUAUAAACACCUUCAGGGUCAACCAUGAACAGUUGCAGCGAACGAUCGUGAACGUCCUCGGGCCCAAAUCAUCAUCAGAUGGGGUCGCUAGUGGCCCCGGCUCGGACGGUGCUGUGAUUGUUGAAGAAAUUGGAGAUGUCGACGCUGUUGAAGAAGUGUCUCAAGCCUAUGCUGCAUUGAAGGAUGUUGACGUACUUGAUGUGUCCGACCUGGGCACUCAGAUCUGGAUUCAAGCCGAGAUUUCUUACAAUGAGCGUACCUCCCGUGUGGAGAACUCCAUCAUUGCUCGACUCAGAGACCGUCUUGCCACAGCUAAGAACGCUAAUGAGAUGUUCCGCGUUUUCUCGAAGUUCAACGCCCUCCUAGUCCGGCCGAAGAUCCGCGGUGCCAUUGGUGAAUACCAGACCCAGCUCAUCGACAAUGUCAAGCAUGACAUAUUGAUGCUGCACGAACGGUUCAAACAGCAGUAUGGCCAUUCGGAAGCCCAUGCGAUGGCCCAGUUGCGCGAUCUGCCCCCCGUGUCGGGAGCAAUUGUCUGGGCGCGUCAAAUCGAGAGGCAGCUCAACGGCUACAUGCGGAAAGUGGAAGACGUUCUCGGAGAAGACUGGCAUCUGCAUUCUGAAGGCCAGAAACUCCAAGCUGAGAGUAAUAUGUUUCGGAAGAAGCUUGACACGAGACCCGUGUUCGAGUCAUGGUUGCACGACGUACAAAGGCGACACAUUACGAUAUCAGGUCGGCUUUUCAACAUUAAUCGCAACCGUGCCGCCGGAAACUCUUUGGAGCUGAAUGUCAAUUUCGACGCCCAGAUAAUUGCUCUAUUCAAGGAAGUAAGGAACCUGAUCUGGCUGAAUUUCCAGGUCCCGCAUGCAGUCAGCAACAUAUCCAAAGAGGCCAAACGCGUGUACCCUUACGCCAUCAGCUUGAUGGAGAGCGUGCGGACUCUAUUGCAGACGUAUCGUGCCAUCUCCUCGAUGACUGAAGUGGCUAUUUUGCUCAGCGGAUACCAGAACGAUGCACAAGCCAUGAUCACCAAAGGUAUACCACUCAGAUGGGAGUCCUUCGUUCACUCAUAUGAGUUACAUGUCAAGCAGUCAACCUUGGCCAAUGGCGCUAUUGAUCCCUCUGUGCCAGCGCGCGGCGAGAGCAAGCAUGUCCAGUUCGUCCGAGAAUUUGCCGUUUCUGCCUCCGUGCUGCAGUCGAAGACCGCGACAUUAACCUCCAUCAAUGAAAACAUCCAGAAGGCCAUUCUUGAGAUCAAGACGUGUCCCUAUGAUGCCACAGCUUUCAAGCAGCGUCUGGAUGUUAUCCAGGUGGCUGUUGACAAGCUCAACCUGGAAAACUACGUAAAUCUGGGGUACUGGGUUACGGAUUUAAAUAACAAGAUUCAGUCGAUCCUUCGCGAGCGGCUUCGUCGAGCCAUCCGUGAGUGGAUCUCGUCCUUCCAGGAAGCGAAAGAAGAGCGGCCUAGCAAGAAGAUCUCGUUCCAGGUUCAACCUUCUCCUGAUGAACCCGAGGCAGAGGUUUAUAACAUUGCAUUCCCCAAUUUGAUCCAUGAGAUAUCAAUGCGCAACCAAGUGCUCCACCUCGACCCUCCUUUGCAAUUUGCAAGGGCAAGCUGGUUUGCGCACUUCCAUCAGUGGCUAGGCGUCAUUUGCAACCUCGAGAAGAUCAAGUCCUCCCGUUACCAGAUCUCAAUUGACGUGGAGAAGCCUCAACCUUCAGAAACUCACUUCGUGGAACUCCCACAAUACUGCACUGAUGAAUUGACGGAAGUUUACAAUGCCGUGGAGUCUAGGCUACAAGAAAUAUCUGAGUACGUGGAUAAAUGGCUGCAAUUCCAGUCCCUUUGGGAUCUCCAAUCUGCGCAGGUAUAUGAUAUUCUGGGAGAUGAUCUCUCUCAGUGGCUGCAGCUCCUUCAGGAAAUCCGAAAGAGCCGUGCGACUUUCGAUACCUCCGAAGUUGCUCGAUCUUUUGGAAACAUCAAGAUCGAUUAUGAGCAAGUCCAGACCCGCGUCAACGCGAAGUACGAUCAGUGGCAGCAUGAAAUCCUCCUCAAGUUCGGUUCCAAGCUUGGUGGUCGGAUGAGGGAAGUCCAUUCCGAAAUUGCUGCUGCACGAAGAGAUCUGGAGGGCCAGACUCUCGAGGCAUCCUCCACCGCGCAUGCGGUUUCCUUCAUCACCAUUGUCCAGCAAUGUAGACGUAAGGCGAAGGUCUGGGAACCUGAGGUUGAUCUUUUCAAGCAAGGUCAGACCACUCUUGCCCGCCAACGUUAUCAAUUCCCAAGCGACUGGCUUCACGUUGAGAAUGUCGAUGGCGAGUGGGCGGCUCUGAAUGAGCUUCUUGCACGCAAGAGUAAGAUUGUCCAGGAUCAAACAGAGGGUCUGCGCGCCAAGAUCAUCGCCGAAGACAAGGUGAUUGGCGAUAAGAUCACCGAAGCUAUCGCGCAGUGGAACGAUGAGAAACCAGUCUCAGGAACAAUACCUCCCGAGGAAGCGUCUCGGACCCUUAGCUCGUUCCAAUCACGCUUGGAGGGGCUUCAGUCUGAAUUCGAGAUGGUGUCGAAGGCCAAGGAGGCCCUUGAUAUUCCGGCUAGUGCAGAAUCCGCACUGCCGGCUAUAUUGGAAGAAGUCCAGGAUUUCAUGUCUGUCUGGGCAGCCCUAUCAACGAUAUGGAAGAGUCUGAACGAACUUCGAGACAUGCUCUGGACCAGUGUCCAGCCAAGGAAACUUCGUCAAUCCCUCGAUGGCUUGAUCAAGAUGACGAAAGAAAUGCCCAGCAGGAUGCGUCAGUAUGCCGCGUUCGAGCAUAUCCAAAACGUUUUGCGACAACUCUUAAAGGUCAACCCCUUGCUCUCUGACAUGAAAUCGGAAGCGGUAAAAGAGAGACACUGGCAGAAGAUCUUCAAAGCUCUGAGACCAGGUAAGAGAUUCUCUCCGGUGUCGCUGACGCUUGGAGAUGUCUGGGAUCUGCAGCUUGUGUCGAGUGAGACAGUCAUCCGUGAUAUCAUCGCCCAGGCUCAGGGUGAGAUGGCCCUGGAAGAGUUCUUGAAGCAAGUUCGUGAAACCUGGCAGAACUAUUCCCUGGACCUUGUCAACUACCAGAAUAAGUGCCGUCUUAUCCGCGGCUUCGAUGAUCUAUUCGCGAAGUGCAGUGAAAACCUGAACUCUCUUCAGGCAAUGAGACACUCGCCUUACUACAAAGAGUUCGAGGAAGAGGCUACUGCUUGGGAAGACAAGUUGAACAGAGUUCACGUUCUCUUCGAUGUCUGGAUCGACGUCCAGCGACAAUGGGUGUAUCUCGAAGGUGUCUUCACGGGUAACGCUGAUAUCAAGCAUCUCCUUCCUCUGGAAUCCGGUCGUUUCCAGAACAUUAACUCUGAAUUCUUUGCUGUCAUGAAGAAGGUCUACAAGUCUCCAUUCGUCUUAGAUGUCCUCGCUAUCAAUGGUGUUCAGAAGUCUUUGGAGAGACUGGCAGAGCUGCUGAACAAGAUUCAAAAGGCUCUUGGUGAAUAUCUAGAGCGAGAACGUGUCUCUUUCCCUCGCUUCUAUUUCGUCGGAGACGAGGACCUGCUUGAGAUUAUUGGUAAUAGCAAUGAUACACUUCGCGUGGCCAAGCAUUUCAAGAAGAUGUUUGCUGGGUUGUCAGGUCUCCUGAUGGACGAUGAUAACAACAUCGUUGGCUUCACCUCGAAGGAAGGCGAAGAAGUUAGACUGAAGAAGGAAGUCAACCUUGUCAAGACGCCUAGGAUCAACGAUUGGCUUACUGCUCUUGACAACAAUAUGAAGUUGACCUUGGCCGAGCUGCUUUCAGAAGCAGUUGAACAAUUCGAGUCGAUUUACAAUGCGGCGGAGAUCGAUCGAACUGCGUUCAGUGACUACCUUGCGAACUAUCCUGCGCAGAUCGUGGUUCUUGCUAGUCAAGCCGUCUGGACAGACUCGGUACAAAAGGCCUUGGAGAACGAAGGCACCGGUCUUCAGGCAUUGUAUGACGCAGAGGUCAGGGUUCUAGAAUUACUUGCGGCCAUCGUUCUUGGAGAGCUCGAUCAGAUCACCAGGAAGAAGUGCGAACACAUGAUAACGGAGUUCGUUCACCAACGAGAUGCCAUCUCGAAGCUGAUAAAGUUCAACGCUACUAGCCCUACUCACUACUUGUGGUUGCUUCAGAUGCGCUAUGUGUACAAGAAUGAGGGUGACUUCUUGCAACGGUUGCAUGUACAUAUGGCAAACGCCAAGCUGGACUACGGAUUCGAGUAUCUAGGUGUCCCUGAACGCCUUGUCCGGACUCCUCUGACUGACCGCUGUUUCCUUACUCUUACUCAAGCUCUCUGCCAGAGACUGGGUGGUUCUCCUUACGGCCCAGCAGGUACUGGAAAGACAGAAUCCGUCAAAGCUUUGGGUCUACAACUUGGUCGUUUCACCCUUGUCUUCUGCUGUGAUGACACUUUCGACUUCCAGGCCAUGGGUCGUAUCUUCCUUGGUAUUUGCCAGGUCGGAGCCUGGGGCUGUUUCGAUGAGUUCAACCGUCUGGAAGAGAGAAUUUUGUCGGCUGUCUCACAGCAAAUCCAGAAUAUCCAGAUUGGACUGAAGAAGGGAAGCGAUGACGAGAAAGCCCAAAUUGAAUUAGUCGGUCGACGCCUGCGAGUCAACCCAAACACCGGUAUUUUCAUUACGAUGAAUCCCGGAUACGCGGGACGAUCCAAUCUGCCUGAUAACCUCAAGAAGCUCUUCCGAAGUGUGGCCAUGUCCAAGCCUGACAAAGAGCUUAUUGCUGAGGUCAUGCUCUUUUCUCAAGGUUUCAAGCAAGCAAAGCCGUUGUCCAAGCAGACCGUUCCUUUCUUCGAUCAUUGUUCUUUACAGUUGACGAAACAAGCCCAUUAUGACUUCGGUCUGCGAGCGCUAAAGAGUGUCCUCGUCAGUUCCGGUGGCCUGAAACGUGCUCGUCUCGCUAAUUCUAAUGGCGAACUUGGGCCCGAUGAGGUGAUCGAACCACAGAUCAUUGUCCAAAGUAUACGGGAGACAAUCGCACCAAAAUUGAUUCGCGAGGACGUGGAUACGAUGUUGAACAUCCAGAUGGAAGACUUUCCCGGUGUGGAGUAUGUGCCGGCCAACUACGAGAAGCUCAAGCAGGCUAUCCGAGAUAUCGCUCGAGAGCAUCACUAUGUCGACAGCGACACGUGGAUUACUAAGGUGCUUCAGCUCUACCAAAUUCAGAGUAUCCACCACGGUGUCAUGAUGGUCGGCGGGUCUGGAACAGGCAAAUCUGCUGCCUGGAAAGUCCUCCUUCAGGCACUCCAGCGCGUGGAAAGCGUUGAAGGUGUGUGCCAUGUUAUCGACUCUAAAGUGAUGUCUAAAGAAGCACUUUACGGUAACCUGGAUAGCACGACCAGAGAAUGGACGGAUGGUCUAUUCACGGGAAUACUGAGAAAGAUCGUUGAUAAUUUGCGAGGUGAAGACUCUAAGCGACACUGGAUCGUCUUCGACGGAGACGUCGACCCGGAAUGGGUUGAAAAUCUGAACAGUGUGCUCGAUGACAAUAAAUUAUUGACACUGCCUAACGGUGAGCGUCUGAACUUGCCUCCCAACGUCCGGGUCAUGUUUGAGGUCGAGACUUUGAAAUAUGCUACUUUGGCAACUGUCAGUCGUUGCGGUAUGGUUUGGUUCAACGAUGAUACCGUUACCCCGUCGAUGAUGGUCACGAACUACAUCGAGUCCCUCAAGACCAAGACGUUUGAGGACUUGGAUGAUGAUAGCGUUCCUUCCGGACAGGCGUCCGUUAAGACCCAAGAUGCGCAGGAGAUGCUCUCCAACUUCCUCAAACAACUCCUCCAGAGCGAUGAUCUUAUUCUGAAAGUCCUGGAGGAGGCGAAGAAGUAUAAUCAUAUCAUGACAUUUACCGACAUCAGGGCUCUUAAUACCUUGUUCAGCUUGCUGAACAAGGCCUGUCGGAAUAUACUCGAGUAUAACAUUCAGCACGUGGACUUCCCGCUUGACCCUGAACAGAUCGAGUCUUACGUUUCCAAGAAGCUUCUCCUUGCGCUUGUGUGGUCUUUGACUGGUGACUGUCCUUUGGGUGACCGGAAAGCUUUUGGGGAAUACGUGACGGCCUUCUCAACUAUCGAUCCGCCGCCGCUUGGAGAAGUCUCUUCCCUCAUCGACUACGAUGUCACGCUGCCAAAGGCUGAGUGGACUACCUGGCAAUCCCAGGUUCCCUCCGUCGAGAUUAACACGCACUCUAUCACUCAAACGGAUGUUAUCAUCCCAACUCUGGACACAGUCCGCCAUGAGGACGUUCUCUACUCGUGGCUUGCUGAACACAAGCCAUUGUUGCUCUGCGGUCCUCCUGGUUCGGGUAAGACCAUGACUCUCUUCGCCGCGCUCCGAAAGCUGCCAAAUAUGGAAGUUGUCGGUCUCAACUUCUCAAGUGCUACUACACCAGACCUUCUUAUCAAGACUUUCGAGCAAUACUGUGAAUACAGGAAGACACUGAAUGGCGUUGUCAUGUCACCUAAUCAGAUAGGACGCUGGUUGGUGAUAUUCUGCGAUGAAAUCAACUUGCCCGCACCCGAUCGCUAUGGUACCCAACGUGCGAUCUCCUUCCUGAGACAACUGGUCGAGCACAAUGGCUUCUGGAGAACGUCGGACAAGACCUGGGUCACCUUAGACCGUAUCCAGUUCGUUGGAGCCUGUAACCCACCAACUGAUGCUGGACGUACGCCGCUGGGUGAAAGAUUCCUGCGCCAUGCGCCCCUGAUCAUGGUCGAUUACCCCGGAGAAAUCUCUCUUACGCAGAUCUAUGGUACCUUCAACUCGGCGAUUCUUAAAAUCAUUCCUAUGCUGCGUGGCUAUUCAGACUCUCUCACCAAAGCUAUGGUGCAAUUCUAUCUGGAGUCCCAAUCUCGAUUCACUCCGAAGAUCCAACCUCACUACGUGUACUCUCCCCGUGAGCUUACAAGAUGGGUCAGGGGUGUGUACGAAGCGAUCAAGCCACUGGAAAAUCUCUCUGUCGAAGGGCUGGUCAGGAUCUGGGCCCACGAAGCUCUACGCCUUUUCCAAGAUCGUCUUGUCGCUGAGGACGAACGCAAGUGGACUGAAGAUGCCGUGAGACGUAUCGCACUCGACAACUUCCCAACCAUAGAUGAGGAGCAAGCUUUGAAGGGACCAAUCCUAUUCUCGAACUGGUUGUCCAAGAACUACGUUCCAGUAGAGCAGGAGCAACUCCGUGACUUUGUCAAGGCCCGUUUGAAGACCUUCUGUGAAGAAGAAGUCGAUGUUCCUUUGGUCCUCUUCAAUGACGUGCUGGAGCACGCGCUACGUAUCGAUCGUGUGUUCAGGCAACCUCAGGGUCACCUUAUCCUUAUUGGAGUGAGUGGAAGUGGAAAGACAACCUUGUCCCGAUUUGUCGCCUGGAUGAAUGGCUUGAAAGUGUUCCAAAUCAAGGUCCAUGGCAAAUAUUCUGCAGAGGACUUCGAUGAAGACUUGAGAAGCGUCCUUCGUCGUGCAGGAUGUAAGGGCGAAAAGAUUUGCUUCAUCAUGGACGAAUCCAAUGUUCUUGAUUCGGGUUUCCUGGAGAGGAUGAACACGCUGCUUGCCAAUGCCGAAGUCCCUGGUCUUUUCGAAGGUGAUGAGUUUGCUUCGCUCAUGACGGCUUGCAAGGAAGGUGCCCAGAAGCAAGGUCUGUUGCUUGACUCACAGGAAGAGCUGUACAAAUGGUUCACUCAGCAGAUCGUUAAAAACCUGCACGUUGUCUUCACGAUGAAUCCUCCAGAGGAUGGCCUGGGCUCCAAGGCUGCAACCAGUCCUGCGCUGUUCAACAGAUGCGUCCUCAACUGGUUUGGCGACUGGUCCGAUCAAGCGCUCUACCAAGUGGGCACAGAGCUUACACAGUCUGUUGACCUGGACAAGCCUAAUUUCACUGCACCUGACAGCAUACCGGUUGCUUACCGAGAUCUCAACCUGCCUGCAUCUCACAGAGAGACUGUUGUCAACUCCAUGGUUUACAUCCACUACUCUCUGCAGAGAUUCAACAAGCGUCUGCAGAAACAACAGGGCAGGGUUACCUUCCUUACUCCACGCCACUACCUGGAUUUCGUUGCUCAAUAUGUCAAGCUGUUCAAUGAAAAGCGCGAGGAUCUGGAAGAGCAGCAGAGGCAUUUGAACGUCGGUCUGGAGAAGUUAAGAGACACUGUCGACAAAGUACGAGACCUGCGUGCUAGUCUGGCUCAAAAGAAGGAGCAGCUGGAGAAGAAGGAUGCCGAAGCAAAUGAGAAAUUGCAACGCAUGGUUGCGGAUCAACGAGAGGCCGAACAACGUAAAUCAGCCUCUCUUGAGAUUCAAGCGGCACUUGAGAAGCAGGAGCAGGAGGUCGCGCUCCGGAAAGAGGUCGUAUUGAACGACCUGGCCAGAGCAGAGCCUGCGGUGCUCGAAGCCCAGAAGAGCGUUAGCAACAUCAAACGACAGCAUCUCACUGAAGUCCGUUCCAUGGGUAACCCUCCUGCCGGUGUCAGACUGGCAUUGGAGGCUGUCUGCACUCUGCUUGGUCAUAAGGUGGAUAGCUGGAAAACUAUUCAAGGAAUUGUUCGCAAGGACGAUUUCAUCGCUAGCAUUGUGAAUUACGACAAUGAGCGACAGAUGACUCGCAGCCACAGAAUCAAGAUGCAGAAUGAGUACCUCUCGAAGGAGGAGUUCACUUAUGAGCGGGUGAACCGUGCCAGUAAGGCUUGCGGUCCUCUCGUGCAGUGGGUGGAAGCUCAGGUCAACUACUCUGAUAUUCUUGACCGCGUCGGACCUCUUCGUGAGGAAGUCAACCAGCUUGAGGAGCAGGCUCUCCAGACCAAGGCGGAAGCUCAGGCCAUCGAGAACACUAUCCAGGACCUUGAGAACAGCAUCGCAACUUACAAGACUGAAUAUGCGGCGCUUAUCAGCGAGACUCAAGCCAUCAAGGCGGAGAUGUCUCGGGUCCAAUUUAAGGUCGACAGGAGUGUACGCUUGCUUGACAGCCUGUCGUCUGAGAGAACUCGUUGGGAAGAGGGAAGUAGAUCUUUCGAGACUCAAAUCAACACUCUGGUUGGAGACGUUCUUAUCGCAGCAGCUUUCCUCGCGUAUGGUGGUCUCUACGAUCAGCAGUUCCGAAAGGCAAUGAUCGAUGACUGGGUUCACCAGCUGGCGCAGUCUGGCAUCAGUUUCAAGCCUCAUAACCCGAUCACCGAGUAUCUUUCGAAUGCCGAUGAACGCUUGACCUGGCAAGAUCACUCUCUGCCGGUCGAUGAUCUCUGUACCGAAAAUGCCAUUAUACUCAAGCGUUUCAACCGCUAUCCUCUCAUCAUUGAUCCUUCUGGUCGUAUCACGGAGUUCCUGCAAAAGGAAAGCAAAGAGAGGAAGCUCACAGUCACAAGCUUCUUGGAUGAUUCCUUCGUUAAGCAGCUUGAGAGUGCGCUCCGGUUUGGAAAUCCGAUCCUUAUCCAAGACGCUGAGCACCUCGAUCCAAUUCUCAACCAUGUCUUGAACAAGGAGUACCAGAAGACCGGAGGCCGUGUCCUCAUCCAGCUUGGAAAGCAGGAGAUUGACUUUUCCCCAUCGUUCAGGCUGUUCUUGUCUACAAGGGACCCGUCUGCUUCUUUCCCUCCUGACGUGUGCAGCAGGACUACCUUUGUCAACUUUACCGUUACCCAGAGCAGUUUGCAGACACAGUCUCUGAAUGAGGUCUUGAAGGUCGAGCGUCCCGAUGUCGAUGAGCGGCGAACCAACCUUAUCAAGAUGCAGGGCGAAUUCAAGAUCCAUCUUCGCCAGCUUGAGAAGCGCUUGCUGCAGGCGCUGAAUGAAUCCCGCGGCAAUAUCCUUGAUGACGAUAAUGUCAUUGAAACUCUGGAGACUCUGAAGAAAGAAGCUGCAGAGAUCUCCAAGAAGAUGGUCGAAACGGAAGGCGUGAUGACAGAGGUUGAGAAUAUUACACAGCAGUACCAGAUCAUCGCAAAGUCCUGCAGUGCAGUAUUCGCCGUACUGGAGCAGCUCCACCACAUCAACUAUUUCUAUCAAUUCUCUCUUCAGUAUUUCGUGGACAUCUUCAACUCCGUCCUUCACGGCAACACACGCCUUGCUCAAGAGAAAGAUCAUACCGCUCGUGUCCAGAUUAUUCUACGUGAUCUGUUCAUCACUGCCUACCAGCGUACCUCUCUUGGGCUUCUACAGAAAGACCGCAUUAGUCUGGCCAUGCUCCUUUCCCAGGCUGCUCCUUAUCCCAUGGACAAGAGUAUCAUCGAUCGGAUCCUAGACGAAAGCGUGGAAGGUGUCGACUUGUCCACAGACAGUGAUCUUCGAGACCAAGUUCUGAACAAAGUUUCAAACAUGUCUCUAUUUAAAGCACACGUUGAGAAUAUCACUCCGGAACAGUGGGAUAAAUUCUUCACUGAGGAACUUGCGGAGAACUUUGUCCCGCCCGUGUGGGCAGAGAACACCGACGAGCUCAACAAAGAGCUUCUCUCGCUUCUGCUUGUGAAACUCUGUCGACUGGACCGUUUCGUCCCAACAGCGGAACGUUUCAUAGCCGCCGUCUUUGGUCGCGAAUUCUUUGAAGGGAACAGUGACCUCAAGGAGGUGGUCGAGCAAGUCACCGCCACGGCACCUAUUGCUCUCAGUUCGAGCCCUGGCUUUGAUGCCAGUUACAAGGUUGAGGGUCUUGUUGAACGUGUGCAAGCCACCUGCGCAAACAUUGCCAUGGGUUCGAACGAGGGUCUUGAGAGCGCCGACAAAGCCAUCAGCAACGCAGCAGCAGCCGGUACAUGGGUACUUGUCAAGAACGUCCACCUCGCACCGUCAUGGCUUCAAAGCCUUGAGAAGCGUUUGGACUCGCUCAAGCCUCAUAAGGACUUCCGACUCUUCCUUUCUAUGGAGUCCAGCCCGAAGAUUCCGGUCAACCUGAUCCGGGCCUCGCGCGUGCUGAUGUACGAGCAGCCUGCCGGUAUCCGAGCCAACAUGAGAGAUUCGCUUUCGUCCCUGUCGCUGCGGGCCAGCAAGCCUCCGGUGGAAAAGGCACGUGUGUAUCUCCUGCUUUGUUUCUUGCACGCUGUGGUCCAGGAGCGGCUACGCUACGCACCGAGUCUGGGAUGGAAGGGCCUCUGGGAGUUCAAUGACAGUGAUUAUGAAUGCUCUGCAUUCAUUAUCGAUGCCUGGGUUGAUUCCGUCGCUCAAGGACGUUCCAAUGUUGCGCCUCAGAAGCUUCCCUGGGAUCUUAUUCGCACCCUUGUGACCGAGACUUACGGCGGUAAGAUCGAUGAUGCCGGCGACUUCAGCCAGUUGGAGUCCCUGGUUAACAAUUUCCUCACUGCGGCCGCCUUCGAGGACGACUACAAGCUCGUAUCGGGUGUUGAGAAUGAUGAGAGCCUAACGCUCCCGGGAGGUACUAGCAUCCGUGAAUUCACGGAAUGGGUCAACCGACUGCCUGAGCGUGAGCCGCCUACGUACCUGGGGCUGCCAGCCAACGCGGAGAAGCUGCUUCUGGUCAGCCAUGGCAAGAAGAUGGUGUCGAAUCUGGCCAAGGUGACGAAACUGUUGGAUGAGGGAGAACAGCUGAUGGUAGACGCAUGA